AUGGUUGUUAAUGCUUAUGUUACUAAUCACAAUUUAAGCCAAUCAGAAAUUGUUGAUUUGCUUUCUACUGGCUUAUCUGGAACUCUUCGAAAUUGGUGGGCUAAACACUUUACUGAAGAAUCCCGAGAAACAAUUAGAAAAGCUGUCAAAAAAGAUGAAGAUGACUUACCAAUAUUUGAUGAGCAACAUGGUACUGGUGAACCUGAUAGUGUUAACACAUUGAUUUACACAAUCAUUAAGCAUUUUAUUGGAACACCAUCUAACAUCACUUCUCGCAUUUCUGAUUUCUUGAAUAAUCUUUGUUGCCCUACUAUAAAAAUAUGUUUAUGCAUGUCUCCUUUCAUUGUGCAGCAAGUAUUGGUGGAGUUGGCAAAUGACCCAAAGCUUGUGUAUCAUUGUGGACUAACACCUAGAAAGUUACCAGAACUGGUGGAAAAUAAUCCUCUAAUUGCAGUUGAAGUUCUCACCAAAUUGAUAAAUUCGCCUGAAAUUGCAGAAUAUUUUACAGUUCUUGUGAGUAUGGACAUGAGUCUACACUCGAUGGAAGUUGUUAACAGGCUUACAACAACCGUUGAACUUCCCUCUGAGUUCAUACGCAUGUACAUAACUAACUGUAUAUCAUCAUGUGAGAACAUCAAGGAUAAAUACAUGCAGAACAGGCUUGUGAGACUUGUAUGUGUUUUCCUACAAAGCCUUAUCCGAAAUAAUAUCAUCAAUGUCAAAGAUCUUUUCAUUGAAGUUCAAGCUUUCUGCAUUGAAUUCUCGCGUAUUAGGGAAGCAGCUGCAUUAUUUAGGCUUCUGAAGUCCUUGGAAUAAAUUGGUCCCCUUUUUUUCGUUCUUGUAGUUUUCUUGGGUUCAAUGACUAGCUUUCUUUUUUUCUCUUCAUUUUCCCUACAUCCCUACAUGUAGAUAAUAACACAAGCAUUUAGAAUGCAGAUGGUGUCUUCUUCUUCUUCUUCUUCUUCUCUCUCUCUCUCUCUCUCUCUCUCUCUCUCUCUUCUGAUUGUUGUAGUGAUUUGUGUUUAAAAAGUAAUAUAUGACAAGAGUCUACUGGCAUGCAUGUUGGUGAAA